AUGGCUUAUUGGGUUACUAUUAUAAUUGUAGGUAUUUUAGUGGGGGUGGCAUUUUUUGUAUUAUUAGAACGUAAACUUCUUGGUUAUAUUCAGGAUCGUAAAGGUCCUAAUAAGGUUUUAUUAUUGGUUGGAUUUUUUAUAGUUUUAAUAUUAGUAAUUAGAAUUCCAUUUAAUGAAAACUUAUUUUUUUGUAUAAUAAUAUUUUUAAGUAUAGUAGCUGAGUUAAAUCGGAUGCCUUUUGAUUUUAUUGAAGGGGAGUCAGAAUUAGUGUCUGGGAUAUUAAGUUUAGUUAGAAUUUUAUUAGUAUUAAUGUUUAUAAUUGUAAUUGAGUAUAAUUGGGUUAAUUCAAUAAAUGGAGUUUCAAUUUCUUGUCCUCCAAGUCAAGUUAGAAGAAUUAAUAAAAUUAAGAUUGCAGAUAAUAGGGCAAUUACUCCUCCUAAUUUAUUAGGGAUACCUAAUUUAUUAGGAUUGAUAGUAGAUUCCUCGACCAAUAUGGGUGCUAUUUCAGUUGAAGGGCAUGAUGAUUUUUGGGAAAGAAUUAUUGUAAUUAAAGUGGGUAAAAUAAUAGAUAUUGGUAGAAAUAGACUUUUUCAUUUUGAGGUUAUAUUUGUAAUAGAAGGAGUUAUGGGGAUUUCUGUGGUUGUUUUAAUUAUUCGUUAUAAAGCGGGUUUAAUAGAAUUAAUAGUUUUAGGUUUGGCAAGUUUAUUGAUUUUAUUUAAAUUACCAACAUUUUUUUUUCAUAUUUGGUUACCUAAGGCUCAUGUAGAAGCCCCAGUUUAUGGUUCAAUAAUUUUAGCUGGUGUAUUAUUAAAAUUAGGAAGAUAUGGGAUAUUGCGAAUAGUUCAAAUUUUUAGAGUUAUUGGAGGUAUUUUAAUAAGAUUAUUGUGUUUAAUUCAGGUUGAUAUAAAAAUAUUAGUAGCUUAUUCAUCUAUUGUUCAUAUAAGACUUUUAAUUAGAGGGAUAGCCACAUAUUAUAAUAUAAUAUUAAUGAAAUUAAGAUUAUAA